AUGCUCCGGUCUACAAAACGAUCCUAUGAGUAUCUCAUCAACCAUGUCCCCAAGCUUCUCCUCGUAACCAUAAUCUUUGCUUUCUUUAUUCAAGCAUUCAAACAAGCCCCAUACCACCUUCUUGAUGAUAGUUAUUUCAUCCACACACUCACUUUCUGUUUGCUAGCAAUCUCCAUUCUCGCAUUCUACUUCUUGAACAAACCUCAAACCAUCUACCUCGUCGACUUCGCUUGUUUCAAGCCACCAUCCAUGCUCCGUGUGCCAUACGCCACUGCGGUUGAACAUGCCCAUAUCAUCUUGGCCUCGGAGCCCAAAAGCGUUUCUUUCCAAGUUAAGAUAUUCGAUAGAUCGGGUUUGGGUGAGGAAACAUGUUUACCACAUUCAUUACACUAUCUACCACCAAAACCUAAUAUGAUGGAUGCUAGAGAUGAGGCUGAAAUGGUCAUUUUCUCAGCCAUGGAUUCUUUACUUCAACAAACAGGGAUUAGUCCGAAAGAUAUCGAUAUUUUGAUCGUAAACUGCAGCCUCUUCGCACCAACUCCUUCGAUUUCAGCCAUGGUGGUUAACAAGUAUAAGAUGAGAAGUAACGUCAAGAGUUAUAACUUGUCGGGAAUGGGGUGUAGCGCUGGGUUAAUAUCCAUAGAUUUAGCAAAAAACCUACUCCAAGUACAUCAUGAAUCGUAUGCGGUUGUGAUAAGUACUGAGACUAUCACCCCGAAUUCUUACACGGGUAAAGAAAGAUCCAUGCUCGUUCCAAACUGUCUUUUCAGAAUUGGAGGCGCAGCCAUUCUCUUGACCAAUAAAAGGUCACAACGUAAACAUGCUAAGUACACACUCUUGCAUGUGGUUCGAACCCACAAAGGGUCUGAAGAUAAAUCAUAUCGUUGUGUCACACAAGAAGAAGAUAAAGAGGGUCAUGUCGGGAUAGCGUUAAACCUAGAUCUCAUGGUGAUCGCUGGGAAUUCAUUGAAGUCAAACAUAAGCAGCAUCGGGCCAUUGGUUCUUCCCGCAUCGGAGCAACUCUUGUUUGUUUUCAAUCUCAUUGGGAGAAAGUUCCUUAAGCUUGAUCUGAAGCCCUACAUUCCUGACUUCAAGAAGGCAUUCCGUCAUUUCUGCAUUCACGCCGGUGGACGUGCGGUUAUCGACGAGCUUCAGAAGAGCCUUCGGCUGACGUCGGAGCAUGUUGAAGCAUCAAGGAUGACGUUGCACCGUUUCGGAAACACAUCGUCUUCGUCAUUAUGGUACGAGAUAGGUUACAUGGAAGCCAAAGGGAGAAUGAAGAAAGGAGACAGGGUUUGGCAAAUAGGGUUUGGGAGUGGGUUUAAAUGCAAUAGUGCAGUUUGGGUAUGUAACAGAGAAAUCGAAGCAGCAAAAAAUGGUGCCUGGGCUGAUUGCAUCCACAGGUACCCUGUAAACGAGCCAGAAGCUGUGAAGCCCUAA